GAUGAAUGGCUUCUCCACUCCAACUCCACUCACCAUGGCUUCAAAAAUUUGGAUAGAUUGUUUUUCAGUGAGGCUAGAAAAAGAACGGAUACAAGAAAAGAAAGAAGAAGAAAAAAGAUUGUUCUGUGAUAAGAAGUGUUGUUUGAAAGCAGCAUCUCCGAUUAGAGCAAGAUGAUGGUUAUGUAGGUAGGCUCGACCAAACUUGGCCUGCAAUGAAGAUCAACAUUCUGAAGAUCAACAUUCUGAAGAAUGAGGAGACUCUAAUGAAGAGUAAAAUGUCUCUAAAAAGUGAGUGAGCUGGACGCCUCCGUUGUUAUUCCACAGUGGAGAACUGUUUUUAGCCUGUUCUUUACCUGGAAUUUGUCAGAUUAGAAGCAUAGGCCAGUCUUGCAUCAGACCAAAGCUACCCGGUCGAAAAAAACAAUAUAUGAUAGGGAGGCUUUCGGUGGUUUGAUCUCGGCUGUUUUACAAACCGAUCUUUCUACCGAUCAUCUGUGGCAGCUUUCAGUGUGAAUGUAAACAAAACCGAUUGUUUGCCUAAACUGUAAUUUACACAUCCAUUGUAAUUCCAGUUGUUACUCUCCGGGAAACCCUGUUGUUUCAACGUGCGUUGAAUGGAGCAUGGGUAAAAGAAACACGACCGCAGUCCAAAUGUCACAAUUGAGGUCAAUAAAUUAACUGGGAAAGGAGGUGUCAAGAAAAGAAAAGCCUUGCUAACCAACGCAGACUUUUCUCUGUCCGUUGCUUUCAAAAAGGAAGCCUAGCGUCGUGAAUUUAAUACGGAAAUCAAGGCCUUUUAGAUGGCUUUGUCUAUUAGCCAUGGAUUGCUGACUCGAUAAUACUCCAGUGCGAUUGUUCACUGAUGUAAAAAGAGAUUAUAGAAGAAGUGUGAUUUAUCCACACGAUUCAGAAGCCAGCGAUUAUUGAGCAUGGCGGCUGCUACUACUACCAACAUAAUUUUCCUGGUGACUUUGUCGUUUUUAUUGCAACCAUGGACCUCUGGUGAAGUUUUCACUGCUAUAAGCCACUUGAAAACUUUGGUAGACGUUGAAAGAAAGCUGACCGAAUAUUUGGAUAAAUUUAUAGCAAACGAACAGGAAAGGUUGGACAGGAUUUUGAGUGUUUACAAUGCAUCGUCACAUUUGCUAGGGUUGAAUUUUACAAACAAAAUUGAAGUGGAGAAAUAUGUUGGGAAUCCAAUCGAAAGUUAUCGCAUGCUAAGGAGGCUUCUGGAGUUCGAAUCUAUAGAGCAGUUAAUUGAAAUCGACUUUUCAAAAGCGUUAGUUCAGAGCCUUCAACACCACAGAAACCUUUUCCCAAAUGAAGACGACUUCAAAGGUGCCCAAAUGGCGCUGAUGCGACUACAGCAGACCUACGAUCUCCCCCCUGCAACCAUUUCAGAUGGGAUCGCCCCAGAUGUCCCUUCAUCUACAAGAAUGAGUGCUGAUGAUACAUUUGCGAUUGGAAAAGAAGCAUACAUGAAGGAGGAUUACGUUGAGUGUGAGUUGUGGAUGAGGGAGACGCUGCGAUUGUUGGGAAUUGGAAGGACGCAGGGCAAGGCUCCGUCUCGCUUUGAAGUUCUCGAUUACUUAGCUUUUGCCGAGCAGGAGAUUGGCAAAAUCGAAUCAGCCGCGAAUCACAGUAAAGAAAUGUUAAUGAUUGACCCGAGCAAUCAAAGAAUAAAAGCAAACUUGGUUAUUUUUCAAGAAACUUUAAGAAACAAAAGAACAGAGGAGCGAAUAAAGAGUAGUUUUAAUAAAAAGACAGAUUCAGAAAGCAGACUGAAAGCAGCGACAAAACGCAAGUUUCCGAAAUUCUAUUAUACGAAUGACGAAGACCAUUAUCAACGGUAUUUGUUGGAAAAAGUGGUGGCCAAAAGAUUAUGCAGAGGGGAGACGAAGCCAAUCCCCAAACGACAUAAACGAAAACUUGUUUGUUGGUGCGAUUCAUGGCACCCUCGGCUGAAGUUAAAACCAGCAAAAGUGGAGAGGGUGUAUGUGAAUCCUGAUGUCUUGCUCUUUAGAGCUGUAUUAAGUGACAACGAAGUACAAAGGAUCAAAGAACUGGCUUUACCCAUGCUUAACCGUGCCACAGUACACAACCCUUCAACAGGCAGAAUUGAAUUCGCAAAUUAUAGAAUAAGCAAAAGUGCAUGGCUGGAAGACAGUCUCGACCCGCUCAUAAAGAAAAUCGAUACAAAGAUCGAAGCAAUGACAAAUCUGACCAUGGAAACAGCCGAAAGCCUACAGAUCGCAAAUUAUGGAAUUGGUGGCCAUUAUGACACACACUUCGAUUUCUCAAGGCUAACCCCUAUACGCUCUCCACCAUGGCGUCGAGAAAAAGAAGAGGUUACAUUGCGUGGAGGGAUGGAUCCAAAAGCUUCUCGACUUGUAGGAAUAAAUGGAAACAGAAUAGCAACAUUUCUUAUUUAUCUCUCUGAUGUUUCCAUGGGUGGUGGAACGGUUUUUACAAAUCUUCACAUUGAAAUAAGACCAAGCAAGGGAGACGCGGUGUUCUGGUAUAACCUUCAUGAAGAUGGGAUGGGAAAUUACAAUACAAGACAUGCAGCAUGUCCCGUACUUCUUGGAGAAAAAUGGGUUGCCAAUAAAUGGAUUCACGAAAGAGGCCAAGAAUUUACAAGGCGCUGUCCACUGGAUCGUUACGCAAGUGAAAAAGAAUGAGCGUAUCCUGCCUCCGAUUGAGUCGCAAAUCAACCUAUUUAUAUUUUUGCCUAAGAUUUUGGCUUAAUGGCGCUUUUCUGAAAUAAUGCCUUUAAGUGAGAAAUUUUGUUUUUACUUUUAACACUCAUUUUUAUUGAGAAGUUUCUUUUUUGCUACCUGAUUCAGCCUUGUUUCUUUCUUGAAUAUCACUCGAAUUCACCCUAUGUUUAUUAUUUUUCAACUCAAGUCCUGAUCUUCUUCUCUUCAGCCAUUUCGAGACGUCAGCAACACAACCCUCCAGAGCUCCUACCCUUACCAAAUUUUAUACCUAUACAAACCUUAAGACAAUCCACCAAACGUGUUGCGAAAUCGUAUGAGACUCAUAUCGCUUGACCUUUUAUACUCCCCUGAAUCAGCAUACAAAUUAAAAUUAGAUCAACGAUAAUGAAAAUGAGUCUGAUAUCAUUGUACGUCCCGUAAGAUUGUGACAGUACAUUAUAAUUUGAUUUGCCUUUUGUCAAUUUAGAUUGUUUAGAUAAGACCAACUUAGUUAUAAACGAUGCUAAAUUCGUAAGAGGGUUUCUGUGUUUCCUAGAAAUUGCAGUUUGGUGUUUAAUAGAUAAUUUUUGUAGUAGAGUCCAAAGUAUAAAGAGAAUUGAAUGAUCAAUAAGAAGCUGCUCUUCAGUAAAAAUAAAAAUCGUUUUCUGAGGAGGAAUGAAGAUUCGAUGCUUCCUUCUUUUUAAUUUGAUGCAACAACGCCUUAAAUUGGAGCAAAUCGCUAUUUUGUGCAGCCAUUUCCUUCUCUAAAGGCCACCAGCAUAUUACACAAGAUAGUAUGCUUCCUUUCAAUUUUUUUAAGCUCGUAAGUAUUUAUUUCUCGCUUGUUUGCAGUUAGAUAUUGCUAUGUAAAUGUAUGCAGAUAAUGCUAAAAGGAACCUUCGAUUUAAACGAUCUUCCAACGCGAUUUAAGGUCUCUCAAUAGCAGAUAGGCCAAUUAGUUUUAAAGACAUCUACUUUUUUAUCUUUCUUUAGAGCAAUAGACCUAAAUAUCGACAGCCCGUUUAUUAGGCCUUGUUUGUUUACUGACAAACAUUCUACUGAUGUUCACUUGACAAUUGCGGUUUUGUUUUUAUGGGGUAAAGAUUGUAAUGGGUGGGGAUAUAGAUUUGAAUAGUUGUUUCAUUCCGCGUUGUAGAUUUUAUAAAUAGCUUUUAAGAUCAUAAACAUACUUUUACACGUCGAAGUUGAGUACGGUUUAAUUUGAAAAGAAGAUUUUAUAGAUAGAUCAAAGAU